AUGGAUAAUCAAUACUGCUUUCUGGUUAUUGUAGGUAUUCGUGAUGAAAAUGACCGUGCAUACAAUCCUAAAAUUGUGCGAAUCGGUCUUAAACCUCAUCAUUCUGUCCAGGCAGUUUCCAUGGAUUACCUUGUUGAACAAAAACUUGCAGGUAUGGACUUCCAAACUGGUGAUAAACAAAAACAAGGAGGUGCAGGAAGGGAUAAAGACAGUAUUCGUGCCUCAAUUUUGGAUGAAGCAGCAAUUGUCUUCUCCACCCUCAGCUUCAGCGGUUCAGUUCUUUUUAGUAAAUUAAAUCGCGGAUUUGACAUUGUUGUCAUAGAUGAAGCUGCUCAAGCUGUGGAACCAUCAACACUUGUUCCCUUGGCCAAUGGAUGUAAACAAGUAUUUCUGGUUGGUGAUCCAGUACAAUUGCCAGCCACCGUAAUUUCUCCUAUUGCUGAGAAAUUUGGAUAUGGAAUGAGCUUGUUUAAAAGAUUCCAGAGGUCUGGCUAUCCAGUACAGAUACUGAAGACUCAAUAUCGCAUGCAUCCCGAGAUAAGAAGCUUUCCUUCAAGGGAAUUUUAUGACGAGGCGCUGGAGGAUGGGCCUGAUAUCCUAGACCAGACCAAGCGUUUGUGGCAUGAAUACCGCUGCUUUGGACCUUUUUGCUUUUUUGAUAUACAUGAGGGAAGAGAGUCCCAGCCCUCUGGAAGUGGAUCUUGGGAAAAUGUUGAUGAGGUUGAGUUUGUCCUCCUCAUGUAUCAGAAAUUGGUGACUAGAUAUCCAGAUCUCAAGUCAAGUUCCCGACUUGCAAUUAUAUCCCCAUAUAGACAUCAAGUCAAGCUCUUCCGUGAUAGGUUUCGGAAUACUUUUGGCGUGGAGUCAGACAAAGUAGUGGAUAUCAACACUGUUGAUGGGUUCCAGGGACGAGAAAAAGAUGUUGCAAUCUUUUCAUGUGUUAGGGCGAACAAGGAUAGGAGCAUUGGGUUUGUGGCUGAUUUUCGACGAAUGAAUGUCGGUAUUACCAGAGCAAGGUCUUCUGUUCUGGUGGUGGGUUCUGCGUCAACAUUGAGAAAAGAUAAGCACUGGCGAAAUCUUGUUGAUAGUGCUGAGCAGAGAAAUGCCCUCUUCAAGGUGUCAAAACCCUACACUGAGUUUUUCAGUGAUGCGAAGCUUAAAUCCAUGGCAGUGGAUUCAAUGCCAGACCGUCGUCCUGAGGAAGCUUCCGAUGAUAUAGAAAUUACUGUGCCCACUGAUGGUAAUGUUGCAUUCCCAGAAGAAGCACCAGCGGAAGAUAAUGACUGGGGAGAUGGAGACGGUGAAGGGUUUGAUGGGGGCUUUGACGAGGACUGAGUUAUGAAGCGGAAGCAGAUGAUAACGAAUGGGAAGAUGGAGACGGAGAAGGUUAUGGCGUACGCCCCGCGUUGAUGAGAGCUGAGUUGACCUAUUUCAACAUAACAAUGUCUGGCUAUAUGAUGAUGGGAUUUUGGUCACUUUACUGCAGCUUGAUUUUGCCGAUCACACUAUUGUGCUGCGGCUUGCCACAACCCAGUCAGAAAAAGUUGAUUGAUGUUAAUAUAGUCAAAUGUAGGAACAAGGGAAUCAAAUUCUUCAUGAUUUAAUUGAUUUUUUGGGCUAGUAGUUUAUGUUAGCAAAAGCUUUUGCUUUAUGUAUCCGAACAUGGCUACGAAAUGGGUGAACUGUUAUGCUUGAGACAUACAAAAAGGGAUAUGUUUUUCACAGAAGUUCACUACACCGAUGAGUUCUAAACUAUGCUAUUUUUAUAAAUUAAGCGCCCAAACU